CAUAUGACCCGUAUAUAACUGAGAAGUGCAGAGCAGAGAACAAAGAACACACAGAAUUCUUCACAGUUAUUAGGUCUCAGACUGAAGAACAAUGAAGGCUUUGGUGUUCCUUCUGCUCCUGGCAGUUGUAACUGCUAAACGCUAUGAACGGUGUGAGCUGGCAAGAGCCAUGAAAGCAAAUGGCAUGGAUGGAUAUCAGGGCAUCAGUCUAGCUAACUGGGUUUGCUUGGCUAAACACGAGUCUAACUACAACACCGGAGCCAUCAAUAACAACUCUGAUGGAUCAACAGACUAUGGAAUUUUCCAGAUAAACAACCGUUGGUGGUGCAGCAAUGGGAAAUUCCCUAGCUCUAACGGGUGUAAAAUCUCCUGUAGUCAGCUUCUUACCGAUAACAUCUCACAAGCUGCUCAGUGUGCCAAGACCAUAGUGAGACAGCAGGGCAUUACUGCAUGGGUGGCAUGGCGUACAUACUGCAAGGAUCGUGAUUUAAGCUCUUACACUGCAGGCUGUGGAGUUUAAACAAAAUCAUGAAAUGACAAAUGCAUCACUUUUAUGUUUAAUAUAAUCAAAGCAAAUCAGUGGAAAUGAUUAUAUAUUAAUAGCGCAUUAAGAAACCAAAUCAUCUGGUAGAUCAUAGACACAAAUGCUCUAAUUACUCAUAAUCUGCAUUGAGCUCAUUAAAGUUUAUGUAUACCUUCUAGCAAUAUCAACAAUGCACAAAUAAAGCAUCUUAAUACAGCAA